AUGCUGGCAUUGGGUGGCCCCUCCAUAUUUCGCUUAUAAGUGAGGUCGAUGGUCCUCCUAUAAUCCAAGUCGCUGCAGAACAAGUAGUAGUGCUGCGUGGCCUAAACAAAAACAGACGAUUGACCGAUCAGAUUAAAAUGAUAAUUCAUCUUGGAUUUGUGGUAACAGUUCUAUAUACCGUAUCGGCACAAAACUCAACGACAACCGAACCAGCACAAGCAAAAGAAACCACCACAGCUGCGCCUGCAGCAAUUUCAAGAGAAAAUGAAAUAGUUGAAGCACAACCUGAAGUAAACCAAUUCUAUUUAAGACCCCAGCUUAAUCCACAGCUGGUGCCUUAUGCUUAUUUGGAACCUCAAUUGCAGUUUGAUCCGGGAUUUUCAAGAAUACAGCCUCAAGUAGUUCUUUAUGGCGGAGGACAAGGACAACCUAUUUUAAUAAAUCCAGGUAACCCGCCCGGCAAUUUUCUCAUACCGCAAGGUCCAGGCCCGAACAUAAUUGUAAGAAAUAAUCCUCAGGGAUCAGUAUUUCCUGUUGCUGGAUAUCCUAAACCGGCGCAUAUCCCUCCAAUAGAAAAAGAUGCUGAAGAGAUACCUGUAAAUCCUGCUAAAAUCCCUCCAUUUCCUAAAACUAAGCCUGCUUCAAAAGGAAAACCCGAAAAACUGGAAACAUUUAAUGAGCCAAAUUCUACGGAACAAAGUUUAAACAACAACGUUGGCCAAUUUCCUGCAGCGAAACCUGACAGUACAAGUCUUCAACCAGGUGAAAGAUUUUUCAUCCUUAACGGUGACAACAUUUUUGCCUAUCCCAUACAGGCGGAAAGUCUAGGAUUCCCAGGUUUGAAGUAUACAAGUGUAGAGCCAUUCCCUAAGAAUCCUCCAAAAUUUGUAUUACAAAAAUCAAAUUUAUCUCCGAUAUCUCUACCUAAUCUCAUACUUCAGAAUUCUGUUGAAAAUUCGCAAUCACCACCAUCGGAAGAAAGCAAAGUUGAGGAAAACAGAAAAAUUCUUAGGAAUGCUCAAUCCUACGCUAGAACGCUAUUUCCGGAGAAUGUAAUAAAUUCGGAUUACCGAUUAUUGAAUCAAGACACAAACCAAAAUUCAGAAUUCGUUCCUCCCCAACUAGUGGGUCAGUUUAGAUUUGUUCCUAAUGCAAUUCCCAAUUUCUAUCCCUACAGAGAUGAUAUUCAAGAUGACGCAGUUGUUAUAGAUGCUAAUGUUGAUGCGUCUAAUAUAGAUGGACGACUGGAAAAUACACAGAAAGUUGAAGUAGAAACAACUACUACAAGUCAACCGACGACAACGGAAAAACAAUCAGAUCCAGGAACGGCCCAAGCUGGUCCUCAAGCUACAGCUAUAGCAGGGCCAGGUGGUACUGCAGGGUCUUCUCCUAGAGGUACUGCAAUUGUAGGUAAAGGAGGGCUAGCCAUUUCGAGUCCUGUUGCUACAGCUGUAGCUGGAACAAAAGAAGAUGAGAAAAAGAAGAAUGCAACAACAAAGAAGCCUUAAAGAUUUAUGAUGUAAAAUUUAGACUAUAUUUUUUAAUACGUACCUUAAACCAAGGCUACUUUCAGCUGAUUACUGAUUUUUCGAAAUAUAUUUCGCAUGAAAAAUGUGCACGACUAGCGUAUAUAAAUAUUCUUAGAUUGGUGUAUGGGAAUUACUACUUCCUGGAAGACCAUUAGAUUAGAAAUAUGUAAUGUAAUUUUCGGUAUGUUUAAAAACUUGAUGUAUAUCAAAGUUUUUCGAAAUAUUUUUAACUUUGAAUCGAAUUAAUGGUUAAAUAUUACAUCGACCAUUUAUUAAUGGUUAAUGUAAUCUAAAGUAAAUAAUAUAAGUUACAAAGUUUUAAUCAUUUAUCAUUUAUCUCACAUAUUUUGCAAGUAACUGAUCAGUUAUCUUUGUCAGCAACAGAUCAACCAACUUAUAUUAAAUAUCUCAACUAUGUCAACAAAAGUAAACUUUUCUAUAGAAAAUAAAGUGUGUUACAUAGGGGCACUCUUACUCUUAUUUAUUUGUUCCUUCGCAUACUUUUUAAGUUAGUUUGUUCUAACUGUUUACAACCUACCCCAACUAAAACAAUAAUAAUACAAACACCUGAAACUUGUACAAUAUAUGGCAGAACAACAAUUUUACAAGUCCUAGUUUACGGUACGUAUUAAAAAAAAAUUGAGGCAAAGAAAUGCAAAUAUAAUUAUUAUAAGGACAUCUGUUUAUUAAGCUCUGUAGAACAUGAACUUGUGUAUGUUAUAGUGAACCGCCGAAUUUACUCAAUGUUGAAUUAGGUUCUUACAAAAACAUAUCCCCAGUGAUUAUAAACAAAUAAAAAAUAAACUGAUAAAAUAUU